GAGAGCUGAGGCUACAGAAUCUGAUGGGUUGGAUUAUUAUUACUACUUUUUUUCCCUGACAAUUCUGAAGUGAUUUUCUGGCUGUUUCAGUGAAGUUGCCCCACGUUGCAGGAUGAGCUGUUCCUGGCACGAUGGGAGGCCCCCAGCCCACGCACACCAGAACCCCGCUGCUGCCCACAGAGGCCAUGGAGAGGAGGUUGGAAGCCAAGCUCAGCAUUAGCGCUCCAUUUCUGCCACAAUACUGCCGGGGAAAACCUGCGAGGGAGCUGAGAAGCCUGCAGCUGCUCUACCUGUGUGCUUGCCUGUGUGCCUUGUGCUCCUCAACAGAUGCAAACUGGAACGGAUCUAAAUGUGAGCCAGGGAAGAUCCUGCUUGGUGGACGUUUGGGAUCAUGGGAAGAUCAUCACUUACAGCUUCUGGAAGGCUUUCACACUGUGCAGUCCUGUCAGGCUGCUUGCUGCCAGAGCCCUGCCUGUGAUGCCUUUUGGUUCUUGGAAAAUAUGUGCAUCCAGGUGAACUGCACUGUGCCUGCCACGUGCCAGGCGAACAGGACUGGCGCUUCUGAUUCUGUUUUGGUGUUUUUAAAGAAAUCCAAAAGCACUGAGCACUUCUUAAAGCUUCAAACGGAAAAUGACGUGAAGACCUGGCUUCGCAGGUGGUUAGACUGGGGCAGCCCAGUCCAGGGGAAAAAACGACUGUGGAGGUCUUUCCAGAAACGGAGCUUGGCAAAUAACAGGUUGCAGCUCCUGAAAGGGGACACUGCAGCAAGCCCCAGUGAUGAGGCUGCAGCCAGAGCAUCAGACAGCAGAUCUAGAAGCAGCCGAAGUGACACAGAGCACUUGAAGGAUCAAGUACUGAAGCACCUAGGGGAGGACAGGGCUGUUCCUGGGGCCCAUCCAAAUCAAAAGAAAGACUCGCUGAAAAAUGGGCAGAAUCCACAAGAGCAGAAAACCAAAAGCCCGUUCCCUCCUAAGAGCAAUAAUGUGAAUGGAUCUGGUGAUGCAGACAGUGUUGGCUUCCCACAGACCCAUGCAGGAACACCUGCACCAGAGCCACCAGUGUUGGCUACGUUCUCCAGUCCUGUGGCACUGGGCUUGACAGCUGCUGGGAAGACGGAGAAGCCUGAGCUGCCAGAUGAUGCUUUCGUCCAAACCCACUCCUCAGAUACACUGCCCACCACCAGCCCUGCGCAGGGGAGAAGCACAACGAAGAUGCAGGCUGCUACUUCUGUGCCAAGUGGGGUUCCCACAAAUAGUAGUGUUUCUCCAGGCCAGACAAACAGCGCUGCGCCGCCGAGUACCACUGCGACUACACCAGUUAUGAAGGAGCUGGUCGUUUCUGCUGGAGACAGCGUAGAAGUGACCCUGCCAAAGAAUGAAGUUCAGCUGAAUGCGUUUGUGCUGCCUGAGCCACCACCUGGAACCACUUAUUCCUACGAGUGGGAACUGAUUACUCAUCCGAAAGACUACAGUGGAGAAAUGGAAGGGAAACACUCCCAGACCCUUAAGUUAUCUAAGCUUACUGUUGGUCUGUAUGAAUUCAAAGUUGUUGUUGAUGGGGAGAAUGCACAUGGAGAGGGCUACGUGAAUGUAACAGUGAAUCCAAAGCCUCGAGUGAAUCGGCCUCCUGUUGCCAUUGUCUCCCCACAGUUCCAAGAGAUUUCACUGCCAACCAUUUCAACUGUUAUUGAUGGCAGCCAAAGCACGGAUGAUGAUAAAAUUGUCAGCUAUCACUGGGAAGAACUGAAGGGUCCUUUGCGGGAAGAGAAGGUUUCUAGUGACACUGCCAUACUGACACUGACCAACCUGGUUCCUGGGAAUUACACAUUCAGUCUAACAGUCGUGGACUCAGAUGGUGCCAGCAACUCUACCACUGCCAACUUGACUGUGAACAAAGCAGUGGAUUAUCCACCGGUGGCAAACGCGGGCCCAAACCAAGUGAUCACCCUGCCUCAGAACUCCAUUACCCUCUAUGGCAAUCAGAGCACUGAUGAUCACAGCAUCGUCAGCUACGAGUGGCUGCUCAGCCCUAACAGCAAAGGGAAGGUGAUGGAGAUGCAGGGGGUGAGGACACCAGUCCUGCAGCUCUCUGCAAUGCAAGAAGGUGACUACACUUACCAGCUAAUAGUGACUGAUUCUGCUGGGCACCAGUCCACUGCAGAGGUCACUGUGAUAGUCCAGCCAGAGAACAAUAAGCCCCCAAAGGCGGAUGCUGGUCCUGAUAAAGAAUUAACUCUUCCUGUGGACAGCACUACUCUAGAUGGCAGCAAGAGCUCAGAUGACCAGAAAAUAGUCUCCUAUCUUUGGGAAAAAACACGGGGACCAGAUGGUGUCAAGUUGGAGAAUGCCAACAGCAGCAUUGCCACUGUAACAGGCCUUCAGGUUGGGACAUAUGAGUUCACUCUUACAGUUAAAGAUGAGAGGAACUUGCAGAGCCAAAGUUCGGUCAACGUCAUUGUCAAAGAAGAGAUAAACAAGCCGCCAGUUGCAAAGAUUGCGGGGAAUGUUGUCAUCACCUUGCCUACAAAUACAGCUGAGUUGGAUGGAUCAAAAUCCUCUGACGAUAAGGGAAUUGUCAGCUACUUGUGGACUCGGGAUGAGGGGAGCCCUGCAGCUGGGGAGGUCUUAAAUAAUUCAGACCACCAUCCGGUCCUUCUCCUGUCCAAUCUGGUAGAAGGGACUUACACAUUCCAUCUCAGAGUAACAGAUGCCAAAGGAGAGAGUGAUGUGGAGAGGACCACAGUGGAAGUCAAACCUGAUCCUAGGAAAAACAACCUGGUGGAGAUCAUUCUGGAUGUGAAUGUCAGCCAGCUGACUGAGAGGCAGAAGGGCAUGUUUAUCCGCCAGAUAGGAGUUCUGCUGGGAGUCCUGGACUCAGACAUCACUGUGCAAAAGAUCCAGCCGUACACUGAGCAAAGCACGAAGAUGGUAUUUUUUGUACAGAACCAGCCCCCCCAUCAGAUCUUCAAAGGACGGGAAGUAGCCUGGACACUAAAAAAUGAACUACGGAAGCAGCAGUCAGACUUCCUCAUCUUCCGGGCACUAGAAAUUAACACAGUCACGUGUCAGCUGAAUUGCUCUGAGCACGGACGCUGUGACUCCUUCACCAAGCGCUGCGUCUGCGACCCUUUCUGGAUGGAGAACUUCAUCAAGGUGCAGAUGGGGGAUGGCGAAAGUAACUGUGAGUGGAGUGUGCUGUAUGUGAUCAUUGCAUCUUUCGUCAUUGUGGUUGCCUUUGGAAUCUUAUCCUGGAUGGUGAUCUGCUGUUGCAAGAGACGAAAAGGAAAAUCCAAAAGAAAAAGCAAAUACAAGAUUUUGGAUGCAACGGAUCAAGAAAGCCUGGAGUUAAAACCAAAUCCCAAAGCAGGUGGCAGACAGAAAGCCCAGGUCCUCAACACUAGCCUGAUGCACUCAGAGUCGGAGCUGGACAGCGACGAAGCCAUCUUCACGUGGCCUGACCGUGAAAAAGGGAAACUGCUCCGAAGCCAGAAUGGCUCCUUGCGCAACGGACAAGUGACACCAAAACCCAAGAGCCAGAGGGAGGAAAUCCUCUAGCUCCCUUCAGGUGGCCUUUUUGCUGGAGCUCAGUAGGAAGGAGAAGGCCACUCCCGUCCCUGUUCUACAAAGGCCUUUGGAGGCCGGUUUGGUUAGGACUACAGCUGCUAACUUGUUUCAUAGAAAAUAACUUUGUGGGUUUCUUUUCGUUCAGUUAAAACUGGUUGUACUUGAAUUUGAACUGCAAGGGAAAUCGAAGGGAGGAGAAGACAACUGUGAACCACAGGCGAAGCGUCAGGAAAGGCAGAGCUGGCAUCUGGAGCACGGAAGGACAGAGCCACGCGGAGCAACUGUGAAUGUGCAGGACCCACCCCACACUGCAGCAGAGGAAGCACCUGUGGGCUUCCAGGACCUUUGCCUUGGAAGCCUUUUGAAGCAGGAAGGUCAAAGCUGUUGUUCAGGCUGCGCUCUGAGCUCCCUCCAGGCUCCAGCAGCUCGCCACAAACUACUGCUGUCCGUUUUCUUCUUUCCUUUCCACCUUCCCUAGUGGUUUAAGCACUAUUUUAAUUUAGACUUGUCCUUUCACAAGCACUGGCUGUUUCGUAGCAUAGAGGAGGAGGAAUCUAAACGCUGUGGCCGUGCUGCAUCAGCUUGCAGGUAGGAGAGGGUGUUGUAGCCGUCCUAAAUAAAGGUCAGGCUUUUCUCACUGGGAUGGCACAGUGCCUGCUCAGUGUGGGGAAGCUGACCUGUCUGUGGUAAUCAGCUGGGCUAGGAGACCUCCUCCUGCAGCAGGCUCUCCUGUUCAGUACCAGAGCAGGGACAGGACACUCACCUUUGGUACCUCUGUCUCAUGGCAGAUUUAAUUCCAAAGCUCUGCGAUGCAUUUCAGCGGCCCCAGCGUUUUCUAUUGGUCCCUAAGCCUUCCGUGAGCCUGAACAUCAACCACCUCUCCAUUCUGAAAGGCUCUGGGUUUCCCUUCCUUAAAACUUGCACGGCCCAGGCAAGCAGGGCUUGGUACCUUCAGCUCCCAGCAGAGCUGUGCCCUGUGCCUGGCAGCGUGGUGGCCUGGUGUCACUGCAGCUGGGCAGCCCCGCGUGCCCCCGGUGCAGCAUGAGGAGCACACACCGAGUCCUGCAGGCAGUGGAGAAGGGAACCCUCGGUGCCUGGUGAGUGCUGUGGUUCCCUGCUGGGGUCAGGUGUGGAGCUGCUCCCCCCGUACCCGCUGCUUUAUCUCACUGUGCUGCUUCCAUGGGUUGCACCCCCGUCCUGGGGCAGAAAUGAACCUCGUACAGGCACAAAGGAUGCCGCUGCUCCUCCGUGGCCGGGUGGGCGGCUUGUUGCCUUUCUUUGUGUUUAAUUUAAAAACUGGAAGACUCGUUUCACUGGCUUUUUCUUUCUUUCUUUCUUUUUUUUUUUUCUGAGCUACUCAAGCCAAAAGGCUCUAACUUCCUCCGUUGUAUUUAUAUUGCUGCACUACUGAUUUGUGUUGAAGCGAGUGGAAGAUUAAACACUAUUGAGCGCGGGGGGGGAAACGUUCCCUCGCUGAA